AUAAAGAAAAAAACAAAAGAUGAGAAGAAGCGAAACGCCGAAACCUUCUCUGGUUUUGGUCCAAAAAAGAAGAUGCUUUAGAAUAUCCCCUUUGAGCAACUAUUAUGAAAUGGAGCAGUGAAUUCAUGAAUUUUGUUAUAAUUCACUGCUCCACUCUCUCAUCCAUUCAUUCAUCUUCUUCCUUCCUCUCAAUUUCAUACCCAAAUUAACCAUGUCCCACAUUUCCGAUCUGCAUCAACACCAACUCAUUGAGAAGCUUGAGAUUUUCAAGAUCCAUGGCAGAGACAAGCGUGGCCGUCAGAUCCUCCGCAUCAUCGGCCAGUUCUUCUCUGCGGAAAGUAUCAGCGUUGAUGGGCUGAAGAGUUUUCUAGAAGAAAAGAUUUAUCCGCAGCUGGAACUGAAGCCAUUUACAGUGUUAUACGUGCACACCGGAGUUCAAAGGACCCAGAAUUUUCCUGGAAUCUCAGCCUUACGAUCUGUUUACGAUUCCAUUCCUAUCAAAGUCAAGGAGAAUCUACAGGCGGUGUAUUUUCUCCAUCCUGGUCUGCAAGCUAGGCUAUUCCUCGCUACUUUUGGUCGUUUUCUGUUCAGUGGAGGGUUGUACGGGAAGUUGAGGUAUAUCAGUCGGAUUGAUUAUCUGUGGGAGCUUGUGAGAAGGAAUGAAGUUGAAAUUCCUGAAUUUGUUUGUGAUCAUGAUGAAGAUUUGGAGUACCGUCCGAUGAUGGAUUAUGGAUUGGAGAGUGAUCUACCUAGAGUGUACGGUGCACCUGCAGUGGAUUCACCUGUGUCUAUGUACUCCAUGCGGUGUAUUUCCUGAGGGGAAAACUAAAGAUUUUGUAGGAUAUUAAUGUAUGCUUUGUUUUAUCAAUUUUUAGUAUGUAAAUAGUUUUUGAUAAUGAAUGUGAGUUUUUUUUUUU